CGUUUCCUUGUUUAUCCUGCCUGUGCGGCUGCUGCAGACGGCAGUAGUAUACCAAUCUCUUUAAAUUACGAAUUUACGAAACAGGAUCGAAACCUGCACGUCCAAGAAACGUAGCUUCUUUUUUUCUGUAGUCAGCGUAGCCUCAAUUUUUACCUGACAUCACAGGCAUCCGAAUAUACCUUAGUGCGCAAGGUUACAGAGGAUUUCAUUGGGUGUUUUGACUGAGAGGUUAAAUAGAGCCAGCCUCUUGCACGCCUAGUUUUGUUACUCUCCCACGCAAGCUUACCUGCACUAACUAGAAAUUCCAGUUUCUCAAGCUAGUCCUAGAAAACACCGGAGAGUCCUGUAGGCAACAUGGACCUGGACAGUAAACGGCUGGUGGUGGUGGUACCCAACGAGGUGCUGGUGCCCUCUCGCAGAGUGCCGAGCAGCGAGGACGAAGCAUGGAGGAGCUACCUGGAGAACCCGCUGACCGCUGCCACCAAGGCCAUGAUGAGCAUCAACGGAGACGAAGACAGCGCAGCAGCACUGGGACUGCUGUACGACUACUACAAGGUUCCCAGAGAGAGGAGAUGUGCCUCAAGCGGUGUUAAACCCACAGAGCCUCCUCCAAUUGGGCCUGAGAACUGCGGUAGCCUGGAGAUUCUAGAUUACCAUCUUCACGCUCUCAGAUCCAUGCCCGUCAACCUCUCCCUAAACAACAACACCGCUGCAGAACAUCAGGGCUCCAGGUAUGGAGCCGCCUGCCUCGCAGGAGACCCCAGAGGAGGAGAUUGUAAAGGUGGAGGUGGGGCGGCUCUGGCUCUGGUCAAGACAGAGGGCCAGACAUCUGGAGGGUCGUACCGAGAGGAGCCCAGAGAGGAGAUGAGGAUGGCUUACGAGCAGAGCCACUAUGAUUCGUCCCGCGCCGGGUGCUUGAAAGAUGAACACAGAGGCACUCCAGACAGCACAUAUGAGGACGCUGUAGAAGGAGAGAUGUAUCACAGGAGUCCCUCCUCAGGAGUUGAUGAGUCCCACCACAGCCCACCAAUUGGCAGCUUCCAGUACUGUCUGGAGGCCAGCAUGUCGCUGCGGCCGUGGCAGGGAGAAGGACCCAUGGCUUACCUGAACCGGGGCCAGUUCUACGCUCUGAGACUGUCGAAGGCCGGCUUCAGAUUGUCCCAACUUCAGCCCAGAGGCAAAGUGCGGGUGAGUGGACCGACGCCGUCACGGGGGCCCGAUGGGGGCCCAUCCAGUAAUGAGCAAUGCACCAUGGGAGGCUCUGAGCGGCAGCGGGACAGUAUUGUACAGAGUGUUAUCAUGGUCGUCUUUGGGGAAGACAAGUGCAGAGACGAGCAGCUGAAGAAUUGGAAAUACUGGCACUCCCGUCAGCACACUGCCAAACAGAGAGUCCUGGACAUUGCCGACUAUAAGGAGAGCUUCAACACGAUCGGGAACGUGGAAGAAAUUGCCUUCAACGCCGUCUCCUUCACAUGGGACGUCAGCGAAGAAGCUCAGGUCUUCAUCUCUGCAAACUGUCUGAGCACAGACUUCUCUUCGCAGAAGGGCGUGAAGGGGAUGCCUCUGAUAAUCCAGAUCGACACCUACAGCUACAACAGCUGCAGCAGCAGGCCCAUCCACAGGGCCUUCUCUCAGAUCAAGGUCUUCUGUGACAAGGGUGCUGAGAGGAAGCUUCGAGAUGAGGAGAAGAAGCAGCUCAGGAAGAGGAUGAAAGGGAAAACUGGCAGCACAGGGCUGACCUCUCCCUGCAGGAGGGCUGAUAGCACGCUGUUCAAAACCAUGAUGGACCUGGACUCCCAGCCUGUCCUCUUCAUUCCUGACGUCUACUUUGGAAACAUGCAGAGAGCCGGGCAGGUGUUUGCUGUCAACACUGAAGAGGGCACCAGAGAUGGAAGUGUCCUUGUGAAAACGAUGUCAUCUGCCUCUGAGGAAGACGUCUGUCCACCUCAGCCCAAGAAGUCCAAAGUGGAAGUGGAGAGCAAAGUUCUGCUGUAUGUGAGGAAGGAGAGUGAUGAAGUGUUUGAUGCCCUAAUGCUGCGCACCCCAACCCUACAGGCAUUGAUGGAGGCAAUCUCAGAGAAAUAUGCAGUACCUAUUGCAAAGAUGGUCAAAGUCUACCAAAAAAGCAAAAAAGGGGUCCUGGUGAACAUGGACGACAACAUCAUCCAGCACUACUCCAACGAGGACACCUUCAUCCUGGCUAUUGACGGCUCAGCAGAAUCUUUGCGCGUCACUCUGUCAGAAAUCUGACAGUUGUCGGCCACAGCGCUGUGCUCACCAGCGGGCCAGUGGUGAUCCCGGCUUCAGCCGCGCCACGUGCAGCAAUUGUGAACGUUGCUAGCAGUAUUAGACGAUGGUGCCAAAAUGUGUUCCUUGAGGGCGGCCUCGUAGGAGUCUCUGUUCGGCUAAACUCCACCAGGCAAAAUCCAGCUUCACCUCACCUGCUGCAGUACCCGUUUACUACACGACCUGCGUAGGAGGGUUUCAUUCGGAAUGCAGGCUUGACUUUGAAAACUUAUGGAAGUGUCCAUGAUUUGGACACUUCCAUGAUAUUUCCUGGCUAACUACCCGCAGAAGUCUCGAGUAGCCGAUUGGAGUUAACUUGUUAAUACUUGCUCCUUCAAAAGAGAGGCCUUUAUCCAGGUCACCGCAAAGCACCCAGCCAGCCUGCUGUGGUUUCACAGGAAGAGGACGACACAGUGUACAGCGGUCUUAUUGAAUUAACAGCAGGGACUGCUGCUUGCUUCCUCUGUGCCGUCUGCCUUCUGUCCCGUUAGCCCUACUAGUGGUGGAAGCUUUAAAACGACUUCAUCUGAUGUAACGUUUCUUGCUUCAAAGCAAGUCAAUGCAGCAUUUUAUGCUGGCACUCAACAUAUCAAGGUGAAUGACUUAUUGUUUUGUAUGUAUAUAAUUCUUUUUUUAGAUGUCUCAAACUGCUGUCAUGCCAUGCUUCUAAGUCAAAAUGAACUUGCUCUUAUCUUUCCUGGUUGUCCAUCUUUGUGUCAUUGAUUGGCCACAUGUACUGCAUACUAAAUGAUUCCAGUUGAUGCCAGUGAAAUACCACUUAUCCCAGAUGGUGAUCACAUGCUGAGACACCAUUAUGGAAGCAGACAGAGAGUCUCCAGGAUGCUGUUAAACUGUUUGGCUUCCUCUGUGUAUGUGUUUAUUGCCUUUCCUACAGACAUUAGUAUAUAGGACAUUAGUUCGGGACUUAUGGGGACCAACUGCUGCAUCCAUUUACACAAUCCAAUGCUUAUUGCUCUUUUCCAACCCACUGCCUGUGUUUACCACACUGACAGCUUCAGCAUCCUGCAUUUUCUCCAUGCACCAUCAUGUACAGUCUUUUGAAUGAGUCAAUAAAUAUAGUUUUAUAAGCA